CACACAUCACGACCUGUUCCUUGCCAAUCACCUCCAUGGACCCACAGAAUCUAGAGUACAUCAAUCAACUGCUCGACAAGGAUGUCGAGCUCAGAGAAAAAAUCAAAGACCAAGUAACAGAGUUCGACAAGAAAACGCGGACACUGACCGGUCUUCUAAACAAGAUUCACUCGACCCCUCCCAGUCAAGUAUCGGGAUUGAUUGCCACUGUGACACCCGUUCUGGAGAGCUGCAAGGAAACUACAGCGGCAUUGGCUGAAUUAACACCACCGAAUCAGUUCUGGAGGUGGAAAGAAAUGUGGUCCAUCUCACUCCGCAACGCAGUGUUUGCUGCUGUUCUCGUAGAAUUCCUCCAGAGCGGCGGACUGUUGUCUUUGCCGCAGGCAGCAGAGAUGCUGGGUAUUGAGGAUGAGUGGCAAGAUAGAUUCGCACUGAGCGUAGAAGAUUACCUGCAUGCACUCAUCACUAUGGUCAACGAGCUGUCUCGUCUGGCUGUAAACUCGGUGACAAUGGGUGACUUCGAGAAACCCCUCAAGAUAUCUAUCUUCGUGAAGGAUCUGUUCGCGGGAUUCGCCAUGUUGAAUUUGAAGAAUGACACCUUGCGUCGGCGGUACGACAGCCUAAAAUAUGAUAUCAAGAAGAUCGAGGAAGUUGUUUACGAUGUCUCAUUGAGGAAGCUUGCGACUGUCCAAUCCGAUAAGACGUAAAACAUGUCUUCUCGAGUCUCGGCUCACCCCGACUACAAGUUAUUGUACCAUGUACAUACUUAGAUCAUAUCGUAGCAUUUCCUUCUCCUUGAGGCCUAGGGGCCAGGGAAAAAAUGAAAAUGGCCCAGUUCCCGAUUA